UUUCAAGUUUUGCUAAAACCAAAUUUAGGCCACACUGUAUUAUAUAUUUUUUUCUGUAGCAAGUGUGCAUAACUUUGCACAUGUGUAAAUUUAGAACCAUUCAAUUGAAAUUCGUCCAUCAGAUAUUGGAUAAUGAAAAGUUACAGAUUGACUUUUCAAUGAUAAACUGACUUUUAGAUAGCAUAUUCAUUCAUCAUUCUUGAAGAUUUUUAUACAAAAGGAUUGGAAUUGGACACUGCCCUCCUUAACAGCAAGUAGGUUUCAAAUAAAACGUUGAUAAGGAGAUUGCAGUUGAUUUUGUAAGAUGGAAGCAGCUAUGGCAGGUGGCGGUGGCUGCAGGAUCAAGUUAAGGAUUUUUGAGGUUGGAUCAUGGUUGUGGUUGAUUAUCACGGUCACCAUAGCUCAAACUCAAAACACCACCGAUCCAGCUGAAGGUUAUAUUCUCUAUUUUUAUGUUUCUCCGUUAUCAAUUCAACCCCUCUCUCUCUCUCUCAAAAAUUAAUUUAUUAUGAUCAUGAAUCGAGUUUACUUAAUCAAGCUUGAGCAUGUAUCACUUUUGUUUAAGCAUGCUCAUGAAUCGAGCUAUAACGAGUGCGAUGGUCCGUGCGUUGAAGUUCGAGAUUUUGGCAGUUAGAUUAGGGUAACGUUAGGUUUCUUUCGAAAUGAAAUUCACGAUCUCAAUCUCGCUAGUGAAUUGAGUUUUCGGUUUUGUCAAUUUUAUAAAAAAAUAUGAUCUUGAUUUGAAUGAAACUGUGUUGUAGUGCGAGUUAUAAAUGAAAUGUUCAGGCAAUGGGGGAUAGCAGAAAGUUUAUUAACAAGUAUGAGAUGGAACCUAAGCGGAGAACCAUGCAGCGGCGCUGCUGUGGACUAUACCGACUUUGAUAUGAACACUUACAAUCCCGGCAUCAAAUGUGAUUGUAGUUUCCCCAAUUCUACUUGCCACAUCACUCACCUUUUAUGCAAUGGACGUGGUAGGCCCGAUCCCAGAAGGACUUUGGACUUUGGUUUACCUUACCACUCUAAAUUUGGCCCAGAAUUAUUUGACAGGUCCCUUGUCACCUUCAAUUGGCAAUUUAAGUCGGAUGCAGUGGCUGACUGUGGGCAUCAAUGCUUUAUCUGGGGAUAUUCCACCAGAGCUAGGACAGCUUUCUAGCCUUAAAUCGUUAGCAUUUGGAACAAACAAUUUCAAUGGUUCCCUGCCAUCUGAACUCGGAAAAUUGCGUAGACUAGAACAGCUAUACAUUGAUAGUUCCGGAGUUGGCGGUGAAAUACCUUCAACAUUUGCUAGUUUACAGAACCUGGUUGUAUUAUGGGCUUCUGAUAAUGAAUUCACAGGGAGAAUACCUGACUUUAUAGGGGAUUGGACACAGAUACAGUCAUUGAGGUUUGAGGGGAAUUCUUUUGAAGGUUCAAUACCUCCUUCAUUUUCUAGAUUGACCUCUUUGCAGGACUUGAGGAUAAGUGGUUUAUCUAAUGGAACUUUGGACUUUAUAAGGGAUUUGAAGUCCCUAACUAUUCUAGUUUUGAGGAAUAACCGAAUUUCUGGCCCUAUUCCAACUGAGAUUGGAGAAUAUCAAAAUUUGACCCAAUUGGAUUUGAGUUUCAACAAUUUAAUUGGACAGAUUCCAAGAGAGUUGUUCAACUUGAGUCAACUCUCUUUCUUGAUUCUAGGAAACAAUAGCUUAAAAGGUACCCUUCCUGAUGUAAAGAGCGCAAGUCUCCAAAAUAUUGAUGUGUCAUACAAUGACCUAUCCGGAACACUUCCUUCUUGGGUUAAUGAGGAAAACUUACAGCUUAACUUAGUUGUGAACAACUUCACUUUAGGUGAUUCAAGAACUAGUGGUUUGCCUUCAGAUUUAGAGUGUCUCCAAAGGAAUUUCCCUUGUUCUCGUGGGUCCCCAAGAUAUAGUGACUUUGGAAUCAAUUGUGGUGGUCCUCAAAUCACAUAUAACCAGUUACUUCACGGGGAAGAGGAUGAAGAACUGGGAGUAGCAACAUAUUAUGUUAAUUAUGAAAGAAGGUGGGGUGUCAGCAAUGUUGGUCAAAGGAUCACCAUGUUCGGAAAUACUUUAGAUUCGAUACCACUGUUUAGGGAUAAUAACAUUAAUGAAUCGUGGUGGUCCCCUUCAUCCGGGUUCAAAAAUACAUUAGAUUCGGAACUUUUCCAUACAGCACGACUUUCUGCUGGAUCAUUAAGAUACUAUGGUUUAGGGCUGGAAAAUGGUAACUACACAGUUACCCUCCACUUUGUCGAACUACAGAUAGAAGAUGGUCCCACUUGGAGAAGUACCGGUAGACGUGUCUUUGACAUUUAUUUGCAGGGAAACCUGGUGUUUCAAGAUUUCGAUAUAAAAAGGGCAGCAAAAGGGGCCUCCUUUAGACCUGUUUCAGGGCAAGCAACAGUUCAGGUUUCAGAUAACUACCUUGAAAUACAUCUAUUCUGGUCUGGAAAAGGGACUUGCUGCGUACCUAAUCAAGGGACUUUUGGACCUCUUAUCUCAGCAAUCAGUGCCACCCCAACUUUCCGCCCCAGUGUGAGCAACACCCCACCUUCCACAAAGAAGAAGAAUAGGACCGGUUUAAUUGUUGGGAUUGUGGUUCCUGUUGCAGUUGUUAGCUUUAUGUCAUCAUUAGCCCUAUAUAUUUUUCGUCAGCAGAGGAAAAAACAUGAUAUCUCUGACAAUUAUGAAGAGGCUACAGAGUUAUUGGGAAUUGACGCCAGACCAGAUACCUUUAGUUAUGAGGACCUGAGGGAUGCAACAGAUGGUUUUAGUCCUGUUAAUAAGCUUGGCGAGGGAAGUUUUGGACCUGUUUACAAGGGAACACUGAAUGAUGGAAGAGUAAUAGCUGUUAAAAAACUCGCUGUAGCCUCCCACCAGGGCAAGACUCAGUUUAUUGCUGAAAUUGCUACAACAUCUACUGUCCAACACCGCAACCUUGUUAAGUUAUAUGGAUACUACAUUGAAAGAGAGAACCGACUUCUUGUUUAUGAGUAUCUCGAGAACAAGAGUCUUGAUCAGGCACUAUUUGGAGACAACAGGCUCUCUCUUAAUUGGGCCACCCGGUUUGAAAUAUGCCUUGGGAUAGCACGUGGUCUUGCAUAUCUGCAUGAGGAGUCUCGAAUAAGGAUUAUACACCGAGAUGUUAAAGCUAGCAAUGUUUUACUUGAUACUGAUCUCAACCCUAAGAUCUCAGAUUUUGGUUUGGCCAAACUUUAUGAUGACAAGAAAACACACAUGAGUACUCGUGUUGCAGGCACAUUUGGGUAUUUGGCACCGGAGUAUGCAAUGCGUGGACACCUUACAGAAAAAGCUGAUGUGUUUGGUUUUGGAGUUUUAGCUCUAGAGAUUAUCAGUGGAAGGCGUAACUCAGAUCCAGCUUCGGAAGAUGAACAAAUAUAUCUUCUUGAAUGGGCAUGGAACCUACAUGAAGCUAAUAAUGAAGUUGAGCUGGUGGAUGAAAAACUGUCCGAAUUUGAUGAAAAUGAAGUAAAAAGAGUGACGAGAAUCGCCCUUUUAUGCACCCAAAUCUCACCGACGCAAAGACCGCCAAUGUCCCGAGUUGUGGCGAUGCUUUCAGGAGACACGGAAACACAAGCUGUUAUUAUGCGGCCCUGGUAUUUGACCGGCUUUGAUUUUAAAAAUGUUACAAACUUUAUAAGUGAUCUUCCCACUUCAGCUACAUAUUCUGUGCCAAAAAUUACAAGUCACUCCACUCUUUCACCAAGCUAACCAACCUGAUUAUGCUACCAGACCCAUACUUCAUGGUACUAUGAGAUUGUUAAUAAUAAAACAUUGUAAUCAACUAAUCAUCAAUAAAAAAUUAAAGACAAAAUGUAUUAGAGCUUGUGUAGAGUUCGUUAGUUGAGAUCAGUUUGUUAUAUUGCUAGGUCAUGGUAGUUAGCUGAUCUACAAGUACAUCCUCAGCUAUAUAUAGUGAGGACUAUUGUUAUAUUCUUAGACAAAUCUGCUUUGUUAUCUUCUCAUAUCUACAUCAAAUCUUCUUCAUUAAA